GAGGUGACACCACUCCGCUCCCUUGCGCCGGCAAAUUUGUCCAACUCAUCAGACUCAAAGUCGCAUCACGUGGGCCGCUUUGUAGUCCUCAAGGCGACAGUGUCAAACGUGAACGAAGAAUCGGUGUCUAGAUCUUUGAACAACGACGUCAAGCUGAACAGCGAAUCCAACGCCACGACGUACUCACACGACAACCACUACUGGACGGUCAGCGGGGGCAGAGGGGUGCUCCUCACGGCCCCCGGUGCACGUCGCGCCGACGACAGCCGACCGACCAGCAGUGGACCCGGCAAAUCCGUCCACACGCGGUUUCGUCAGUUCUUUGUCGAGAACCUCCGGAAUUCCCGCUUACGGACGCAUUCCGAGCAGCAGCACAGUGGCACCAGCCGAAACGCCUUUCUCUCCAGCGACUCGCCCAAUAAGCUGAAGCCGCCGGUGGCCACAUACGGCGCUGGGCUACCACCACAUGCGCACACCAUCACAGCAGGCACUGGGUCGGCAGUGGCAAAGGCCCUGUUGCAGUCGACACAGCGGUCGAAGGACGACGGAGCCAUCGGUUCUGGGAGUCCCGAGACCUCUGGGAUAUCCUCGUCCCCCAUCCACGGACACUAUCCUUCCGUCUCGGUGUCGUCAGUGAAUGACAGCGAGGCGUCAAUCAAACCACCGAAGAGGAAGUUGAAGUCAACGCAUAAAAUGGUCCGAAGACUGCUGAAACUUUCCUCUGGACAGAAGAAGCAUGAGUUCUACACCGGAGACCUGCCUGAUCCCUCGAAAUUGCCCCGCGAGUUUCCACAAAGCUCACUCGAAUUUACGCAAUCUCGACUCAAGAAUGUCCCCAGAAGGAGCACCCCUACUCACAAUUACGGACGCAAAGGCAAGUCGGCCGUCACGUGCAUUGGCAAAACCACAACAGGGCGCUGUGGAAGUUUCUGUAUGGAGGGCAUGAUAAGACACAGUGGACACCGUUAUCACACCCGUUAUCGAAAGUGUGAUAGUGGGGUUACUGUGGUCGCAGGAUUCAGCACAAUGCACGGCAAAAGCACUCAGCCCGCUCGAGCCCCCGGGGCAAUUCUGCACGAGUGCCUUAAAAACUCGAUCCCUUCGAUGCCUAGUCGCAUGCCAAAGAACUUUCCUGAAGAUGCCAGCCCCGUCACCACUUCAGCGACAAAGCGGCAAAAGACGUUUCGUCGCCAAAUGUUUCUUCCACUGGAACUGAAGCAUUUUCCUGGUGGCUAUCUUGGCUCAAUUGUGCUGGUCGUACUGGCGUUAUGUUGUGAACACGUGAACUCCCAAACAUGCCCUUGGGACGACCGAGUUGGACGCCAUGUUUGCCCGAAGGGAUGGAAUCUUUUUUGUAAAGUAUUCCUCUCUAAUCUUCGUCAACGUGAUCGGUUUAUUAGCCUGUACUUAAUUGACGCUGCAAACUACGAAUUCUGCUUUUCAGUGAUUUCAGUGGGUCAUCAUCCAAUAAUUCCCAGCGCCCUCGCCACACAAGGCGAAGCCAAGUCGGAGGAGCUCCUGCUCAGCGCGUUUUCGCGAUCUCUUUCCGGCAGCAGCGGCCACAGAGGAAGCCAUCAUAGUCAUCAUCAUCACCACGGCAACGGCCACCACCACCACCACAAGCACCACAGCUACUAUCGCGGUCACUACGGUCACGUGAGGCGGACGUCGAGUCGCCUUCACCACCCGACCACUCUGACCCGGGUCACCGAGAAUUCGCGCUACCUGAUGUUCACCAAGGCCUCUCCGUUCCGGUCACCGUUUGACUUCCUUCAGACUCGAGGAAAAGGCCUAAGCAGGUCCAUAAUCGGCAGUGUACAGAAAAGUUACCAGCUUAUACGGACCAAGCAAUUGUCUUAUUUUAUAGGUGAAUCCGAGAUUUACACCGUUCUUUUUCGGCACACGACCUGCUACGAAUUGAUGCCCGAAAGCGCGAAACUAGUGACCUUGGACAGCAUGCUUCCAGUAAGUUCACAUGGGAUUGUCACUUGCCACUCAGCAAAGGUUUCUCGUGCAAUUCUACGUGAGGCUCCAGCCGCUGAUGCUCAUCCGAUCGGACAGGCCACGUUAAACGCAGCCGGUCACUUUUGGCGAUCACUCGUUUCGCAUGAGACGUGCCGAAACCACGCGUUGAGGCAUUGGCCUUUUCCACCUUGUCACGCCCUCACCACCUUUGGCUUUCUCACUGUCGUCUGGGUGGGCAAGGCCUUUCGUGCCCUUUGCCUAAAUGGGAUUCGAGCUGCCCCAGUCUGGGAUUCCGAGACACAGUCCUUCUCUGGCAUUCUGACGAUAAACGACUUCCUUGAGAUGCUGACUUACUGCUGGAGACAUCUGUCUUCGGACUCUGCCACCGACAAAAACAGCCCCAAAAGUGAUCUACUCACCGUUGAAGACCUCGAGUCCAUCUCCAUUCGACGAUGGAAGGAAAUCUGUGGACGCACAAAAGCGUCAGAGGAGCGCAAGUCAGUGACCUUCUCCAGCACAAUUUCGGACUUGGACAACACCGCUGCGGGUGAGGAGGAGGAGGAGUGUGCGGGGUCGGUGCAGGACACGCACUGCAGCGGGAGCAGCGUCAGCGAGAGCAGCUCGGACGACGUGGAUGGCACCAAUUCGAUAGCAUCGGCGCCCUCCCAACUGGGCGACUCGAGUCGCAACUGGCCUCGCUGCCCCUGUCAUGGCGACGGCGGCUCUCGAUGCAGCGUCCGUCUGAAGUACCACAGGAUGGGCGGACUCACUGUCAUCUAUCCCGACGACUCGCUUUACACCGCCCUCCGACUUCUGGCCCACACAAGGCUCCACCGACUGCCCGUCUUCGAUGACCCCGUCUGUGGCACCGGGAACCCGCUUUUUGUACUCACGCAUCGAUCCUUGCUGGCCUAUUUGUACAGGAAACAGAUCGACUUGCCCCGGCCAAAGUACUUACAGUCAUCAUUAAAGGAGGCAGGUGUGGGCACUUACGACAACCUGGCGCUGGUAAUGCCCUCCACAAAGCUGGUAGACGCCUUGGCCUUUUUCGAAGACGAGCGUGUCUCCGUCCUGCCUGUCGUGGACUCCCUCACCAACCGUCGUCUCGUCGACAUUUUCGCUAAGUUCGAUGUCAUUACCCUUAUACUGGCCGGAAAGUACAAGAAUCCCGACAUGACAGUUCAAGAUGUACUGGACAACUGCAAGCAAAUCCACCGAGGCGUCAUACCCAUGCCUGAAGGCCAAAACAAAUUCGACGUAGAAAUCUGCCUUACAACCGACACAAUCCAAUAUGCCCUAAAUAAACUUAUGCGGACAGGGUACCAUCGUCUAAUAGUCGUGGACAGCCCAGUAAACUGUCGUACCGAGGGUGUGGUCAGCAUUUCCGAUCUCCUCUACUAUAUGGUUCUCCGCCUCUCCCCGCGUGGGCCUGUCGCAGCGUCGAAUGCCGAUCCGAUGCAGCAGCAACAGCAUCAGCAAGAGGAGGAGCAGGAAGCUCCUGAAUGGCUCUUCUACUCCGAGAAGGACGAGCACUCCAUGUGUCACAUGCCCUCAGUGCCACUUGUCACGCCGGUCAAAGAGCUCCCGGAAGUGAAUACGCUUACUCACUUGGCGGUGGCAAAUGGCGACGGCGUAGAUGAACCACGGAGGCACAAACCAAAACGAGGAUCUCGUCGACGGAGAGUCACCUCAGGGAGUUCCGUAGCAACCACAACUUCUUCCUCCUCCGUCUCCUCGUCUGCUUCUGCAUCUUCGUCCGCGUCCACGUCUGCUUCUAGCACGGACUACUCGUCCUCCUCUGAGGAUGGUUCAACAACCCCUUCCUCGGUCUCUAGGUCACGCUCCGGGUCAUCACGAUCACCGAAGACAAAGGCUAAAUCUGUUAUGGAUCGAAGAGGGGGCAAAACGAGGUUGAAAACCAUUAGGCCGUAG